UCUAACAUACAUCAGUACAUUACUCCGUCUCUCUGUUGAUGUUUUCCUGCCUGGUUUCCAUGGCUCUCAUCUAAUGUAAUGAAACUAUAACAGGAAGCAGGGCUGGCACGAUCGUGAUCUUAUUAGAUGAUUACAGUACAACGGACUUCCUGUCCAGACUGCUAACGCUCGCUGAGAGGGACAGACGAUCAAAUCAUUAAACUGGAGACCCUGGAGGCAGAUAUUCUGUCGAAACUAUUUUGGAACGCAGAGGCGAGAGCUCAGCAACGAUGGAUAACUGACAUUUUUACGCGCGUCCGCAUCUCCUACGACGUUCCCGAGAACGCCGUUUUUGGACCGUAUGAGCUGAAACACACAUCCGUUUAUGACAGCAUCGCCUUCACUGCUCUCAAGUCUAUGGACCGAAGAACGGCACCAUGCAUUUUGAGGGUGAGAACAGGCAGACACCUCAGCGCAUUGAUGGUCCAAUGUGGCUGCGGCUGGUCCAGUCAGCCUGGAGCGCUGAAGAACAGAACCUGGAGCACUAUGUGAAGAACGGACACCUAUUCUUUAGGGCCCUCAGGACGAUCCAGAAGAAAGAGGAGCGGUUGGUGUGGUACGGGAAAGACCUGGCCAAGCUUCUUCUCCUAAACCCACUGCAGAUACAAAGCAAAGGUACUGGUCCGUACACAUGUGCCAACUGUAACCAAUGCUUUGAGACUGAGUUCUGCACACAGAGACAACCAAACAGCCACAGCACCAAACCUGGUCAAGGCAACACUGACCAUGUGAAACCUGACUCCCUUCCUGCUGCUGCCUUCAAACAGAGCCGUCCAGAAACAAGUCCACUGGAUAGCAAACCUGCAACAGACUUCCAUAACUUAGCCCGGGAUAUGGAUCAUAUUAAGACAGGUUCUUCCAGCACCAGGGACUUUGAGACUAGAGGUUCCCUCAUAGGGAAACGCACAGAGGUAGAGGACAGGUGCAGUGAGCCAGCAUCUGGUGAUAACGCAGGGUCCACUGGACACAGGAUACUGUACUUUGACCAUGAAAAGACAACCCAGCCCAGUCUCCCAUCACCUGUCCAGUAACAUCAACAAGAACAACAUCACCAAAGACAGAGCAACCCAACUACACUUACAAGGUUCUGGGCCUGAAGACCUCAGAUCUUCAUCCAGCCUAAGGAAUCAGAGCAUCCAGCCUAAGGAAUCAGAGCAUCCAGCCUAAGGAAUCAGAGCAUCCAGCCUAAGGAAUCAGAGCAUCCAGCCUAAGGAAUCAGAGCAUCCAGCCUAAGGAAUCAGAGCAUCCAGCCUAAGGAAUCAGAGCAUCCAGCCUAAGGAAUCAGAGCAUCCAGCCUAAGGAAUCAGAGCAUCCAGCCCGGUAGUGGCCUAGUAGAGCCUCAGAGAGAUCCAAAGGAAACAAAGACAGAAACACUCCGUCUCACUCAGAGGAGUUGUCUUCUUUCACUGACUCUGAUACGGUCACCUCUGCCUUCAGCCAGGUCUCUGUCUGAGAACAGGAGGAGUGCCUUCUCCCAGCCACCCACGCUCUGUUUUCGUUCCCCAGACUACCCCCCUGCUUGGGAGGGCUUAAACCUCAAUCACUCCCUUUACUACUGAUCUCCACCGACCGGUGCUGGCCCAGGGUGUUUCGAAACAGAGGCGCCCUCUACACAGCCCAGCAGCUCUCUGGACCAGGACCACAGGCUGAUCCCACCCCCAGAUUACCCUAUCCCCGGUGCUCCUAUCCCCCUCCGUCUCACGGCUCUCGCCCCUCUGCCUGACGGCUCAGAACUGGUGUGCCAAAUGCAACGUCUCCUUCCGCCUGACCUCAGACCUGGUGCAAAAAUGAGGUCCCACCACAAGAGGGCGGUGGACGCAACAGUCAGGGUCUGGGGUGAAACAACAGCAGCAAGGGCGUGAGAGGAGAGGCUCAAGUCUUGCAUCUACGAGGUCUUCAGACAACGCCAUCAACUUGCGGGACACUUGACCUCUCACACAUGAGUUCAGUUCAAUUAGUUAAUAUCAUUAAAUAUAAAAUAAAUAAAUAUAUGCCAUUUAGCAGACACUUUUAUCCAAAGCGACUUACAGUCAUGUGUGCAUACAUUCUACGUAUGGGUGGUCCCAGGGAUUGAACCCGGUACCCUGGCGUUACAAGCGCCAUGCUCUACCAACUGAGCUACAGAAGGACCAUAUCAUUGGUAAGAUCUUGAUAUUUUAAUGUGUAUUGAUGAAGAUACAAAUUGGAGAACUAAUAAAACAAACUAUGUUAAUUAUUAUAAUGUAAAUUAUCAAGACGAUGACAUUUUAUAGUUACAUUUUCUCAGAAUUCUGUAAAAUGUGUCAUUUUUUGAAUGCCAUAUAUUUUUCCAUUCUUUUACAUCAAAUGCUUGUGUUCCACACAAAUUACAAUAUUUUAUGUGUUAUGACUUGAUUGUAAGAUCAGUUGCGAACACUAGAUGGUGCCAGAGAGCUAUUUACAGGGACAGAAAAAAAACUCGCUUCAAUUUUUCUAUUUUAUUUUGAAAGAAAAAUAUACCUAUUAUUUCAUAAGAACUUCAUAUAGAGUACCCUGAUAAGUAACACA